AUGGAAUCUAAAGAUGAAGCUAAGAGAAGAAAUCGUGAACGAAUGGCUUUCCAUCAACAGCAAGCUAAUAGUUUGGGCAUUCCUUUACGCUUUAUGGAAAUGAAUGAAGAAUUCGAAAAAAUUAACCAACAAUAUAAUACAUGA